UUUUGAUUUCUGUGACAAAGCAACCGGUUAAUUUCAUCUGGACGAGGCUACAACGACGUCCGGCAACGAACGUAUAGCCGGCGAUAAUUCCUCGAUAAUAGCUCGAUAACGGGUCUCAUUGUCCCAUGGAAUUUCAGCAGAACAGUGCAACAACAGCGGUGUUCGGGGACGCCGCGACAAUCAACACGCCGAAAAUCUCCUCGCCUUUGUAUCGACGCAAUAUGACACCGGAUAAACGAAGUCCCGGUUCUGUUUGCUGUCGAAUUUGUCAUGAAGAUGAAACCAUAGAAGAAUUGAUAGAUCCUUGCGAAUGUUCUGGCACAUUGGGUCUAAUCCAUACUUGUUGUUUGGAAAAAUGGUUGUCUAUGUCGAACACAGAUCGUUGCGAAAUCUGUAAACAUUUAUUUUCGAUACAAAGGAAAAAUAAAUCGUUGCCACAGUCUUUCAAACAAUGGUGGAGGACUAGGAAUAUAUAUGGACCGCAAGGUAUAACUGGUGAUAUAGUAUGUCUGAUAGUAUUAACUCCACUUUGUAUUGCGGCAACAUAUUUAUGCGCUGUUGGUGCAUCCGCUUACAGCAGGCUUGGUUUUUGGGAAGGAACAGGUUUGGCUAUUCUUUGUUGCAUGUUGGUAACCACUUAUUGUUUGUGGUUGAUCGUAACUCUCAGAUUUCAUUUUAAAUCGUGGCAACAAUGGCGUAGAAGAAAUCAAGAUGUUAAGUUAAUAGUAAAACAUAAAGUCCGUGGAUUUUCAAAUUUUCAAAUCAUUUAAAUAAUAAGCAUUAAAAAUAAAUAAUUUAGAUUUUAAAAGAUCA